AUGAGUUUGGAUGGAAGCGACUUCAUCGGUGUUAGGUCGAUAUUUGUUUGUGCGCAAGCCCUUCUCCCACUCCACAACGUUGGUAGAAUGAUAGCAUUCCUAAAAGGCUUUAAAGAGCAUCAAGUCACUGUAGAGGUUAUAUCUGGUGAUAUGAACUUAACUGACAGUGCUGAGAGAAUUGAUUGUCAUCUAACUUCUGUUUUUUGUUUUGUUAUGAUUUUACAUUGUUUUCUAUGUUAG